ACGCAUGCGCAAAUUGUCUAGACACAAUAUCAUAGGAAAGUAAAAUCGUAGGGAAAAUUCUUAGUUAUUUUGUAAAGGAUUAAACCACAAGGAGCAGGAUACGGAAAUCUUCAGAAGGGAUAUACCACUACUAAUAUAUCUUGUGGGCUGGAGAUAUUCCACUUCCCCAGAACAACAUCAUGGAGCAACCUCUUGAUUUAAGCCAAAACAGUGACUCAAACAAACGCAGCGAGUACAAUAUGGACGUAGAGGAACCAAUCUGUCAAUACCCGAACUGCUCCUGUCCUCUAAAACACAUAACGACUCUCGAAAGCCCCAAACACAGACAAAGUCCCCCAGGGACUGAACAGUAUAUGAUCCACUCCAGUGCCAUGGACAGACCAUACGAUAUUCGUCAUGACGGAAUAAACUAUGAUGGUAGCUUAGGCAAAAGGACAUACAUGGAUGAAUAUUCAAACACUAACUUUUACCAUCCUAAAAGGCGCAAGAUUGAAAUGUAUAAACAGAGAAUAGCACGAUCCACAUCAGAGAAUAGCUUGGCGGCUUAUGAUGACCCAUAUUCAACUCUAAACGGUGAUUACCAAGGCUACGCUCCAAACGGAAGUAUACCGUACCCUAGUCAUGAGAAGAAUAACGAAUUCUGCAAACCUAGAUCCAUUAAUACACCGAUCGCGGUAGCGGAAGAUGAGAAUUCGAUGGAAGGAAUUUUCAAUUCGACCCCACCAGAUGAUGAGUACCGUGAGAGAAGCUACAGCACAAGUCAUAUUCAAAGAUUACCAAAGAAGCGGCAGUAUACCAGACAGUACUCAACAAGCUCCUCGUCUCAGCAAAUAUCUCCACGUCCAUCGCAAAGUAACAGUCACUUAGUAUCUCAAUCUCAACGCUACGCAUCUCAGCGUUACAAGCCCAUGCCAAGCGCUACAGUGACCAGUGAGAAAGAGGAGGAAGAAAACAACAAAGAGACAGCUAGCUCUAUAAAAGCAGAAAUGAUACGGGAGAUAGACAAUUGCCCGGAUACAGACGAUGUGGCGACAUUCCGGAAACAACUGUUUGAAACUAUCGUGAAGAGUGCCAAACAAGCGCGUGAGGCAAAGCUUCGGUGCAACAAUACCGGUGCCGGUCUUGUGGCGUUAGAUUACUUAAUCUCCAAAAAUGUGCUCCAUAGCGAGGAUAAACCAUUUAAAGCUAGAAAUAACCACAUCCAACAGAUCAUCCGCGGCGAAAAACCCGGCAAGCUAUGUCUAAUGGACAUAGUGGAACUACAGGUGGAAAUAGGGUUAGCCUAGGUACAUGUAGAUAUAGACAAAUGUUGACAAUCGUCUCACUAUUAUGAUAUUGUCAUCCUGAAAUGGACGCUUUGUCGUCAAAAAAGAGUUGAAUACUGAUAUAGUGGAUUAGAAUUUCGUAUGUAGCGGCACUUUAAAGUAUUUUACUGAAAAAAUUCAAAUCUAUGUAGUUCAGGAAGAUGUUAUCAAAUAUAUAGAAAUAUUUUUAAGACAUUGGAACAGAUCCCGUUUUAGUAAAUUGUGUGUUGUAAACGAAAUAUUUAUUACAAAUGUUGUAUAAGUGAUGUCUGUGUUAUGUGUAGCUUAUAAAGUUCAAAUGGUUCAAUGGUUAGACGGACGAUAUCAUAUGAUGUAUAAAGCAACAUUCAUAGAUACCAUACAUAUAUAUUAGCAUUUCUAAAAUUCAAGAAACUUCCUUGCGAUUUAUUAUAAUUAUCAGAAGUUUGACAAAAAUAAAGUUUUACUUUUGUCACAAAUAAAGUAAAGUAGUAAAUGGAUGGGAUCUUUGAUUUAUUGCUGUACUUUUUUGUCUAUUUUUGGAUUCUUUAUACUUCCGGUGAGAAGUGAUGUGUUAUUGCUACUAAUGUUAUUUAAGAAAUCCUAGUAAGAAAGGGGCUAAUGCUGUAAACAAGGUUCUAAAUUCGCCAUUAUCCAGAAAGUCCCAAAUUUUACGUGUCAUGAAUGGAUUUGCUUUGUUGCACACCAAGUAAAGAAGUAAUGCUAGAUAUCUCAAUAACAAAACAGCUUUAUAAAGUGCAUUGAUAACACGUCAUUUUGCAAUAUGCGAUCUGUGAUGUUAGAGUCGGUAUAAUCAUAAACCCAGAGCCUUUCAGAGGGAUGUUCAACAUAGUGCAGAAAGGUGAAAGUGUCGAAAAGUCAGUGGAGGUAUGCAAAAAUUGCUGUAUUUUUGAAAGUGUAAGCCAAGUAUAUUUUUGUUACACAGAAAAGAACUGUUUGUAUGUUCACAUGCACCGGCAUAUUUUUGUAUGCUGAAUAUUGGGUGCCAUGUAUUGUGUCAAUUUGAUGGAAGUGAAGGUGAGGACGUUUCCUUGGCCAGUGACGGUGUUUCUAUUGUAGUGUGAUCUAAUGCGAUCUCAGUUGAUGUUUUUUCAUUGUGUAUGAAUUAACAAAAUCAAAUGUGUUACAAUUGUAGUCAAUAUAAAUCACAGGUACUAGUAUAUACCCUUUGCUUUUUUAUGCGAGAAUGAACGAGAACUGGGACUGUUGAAAGACUUAUAGUGACACAAAGUGUGACGUAAUAGAUAGAGGUGUUCGUUAAAUAACCCGUUUUUUUCUCUUUGAAACAGUAUGAUUAUUUGGCAUUUUUAGUAAACUGCUUUGAAAGAUUUUUUGUUCGAACAUAAACAUAACGUUGUCGUUCUCAUGGUGUGUAUUCUUCGCCCAGUUGCGUGAGUGAUAGUGACCAACAUCCUGCGUUUUAGUGUGAUUUCAGAAUGACUGUGUGUGAUUUGAAACUUAAUGUGCACUCGAGUGCAAACAUCUUAAUGAUGAUUGUCAGUAUCACUGACCAAUUCAUGUUGUUUGUAUCUCAUAUAUUGUUACUAUAUACACAUAUAUACAGAGACCAAUCACAGCUCUAUUGAUAGUUCCAGACGAACUUUAAAUAUAUUAGUGAUAGGUGUCACAUAAGUGAUAUGAAAUUUAAGAGUAUACUUAUAUUUGUUUUAUGUUCAUGUACUUUAAAUUAUUGAAUAAAUUAGUAUAUGUACAAGAUGGUGA